AUGGACGGCGAUCAAACUCCUGAAGAACAAGUUGAAAUUGGUGAAUCCGAUGAGACUUCGAAAUUCGAUGACAAUGUUGAACUCACGAGUGUUUUCUCUUUUUCAUUGGAUCAGAGAAUAAUGGAAGGAUGUGUUAUUUCGGCAGUUUUGGAACCAGAUGGUCAAGAGACUAUUGUUGCGGUCUCAGUCACUAAUAAGGUUAUUAUUAAAGACACCGAAACAUCAUUGAACAUCACUGAAACUAUCCGGUGCAUCGCGGCAGCUCCGUUUGGAGAAGGAUAUGAUUGCAUUGUGAUUGGAACAGACUCGAGUGUCAUCUGCUACGAUGUUCACAAUAAUUUGACGGUUUUCCGGAAUGAUGUUCCAGAUGGAGUCAACUGUUUUGCAUACGGAAAACUGGGGGAUCUUGAAGAGGCCAUCUAUUGUGGAGGCAAUUGUUGCAUUUGGGGAUUCGAUAAAUCUGGAGCCAACACUUAUUGGACAGUGACAGGAGAUCAAGUGACGACAAUGUGUUUGAGUGAUUAUGAUGGUGAUGGAGAGACGGAAUUAGUCAUAGGAUCCCCUGAUUUCGAGAUAAGAGUAUUCAAGAACGAUUUGAUGAGAGCUGAACUGAUGGAAACUGAUGAAAUAACAAGUCUCGCUCAUGUCACGAGUGGAUGUUUCGCGUAUUCUCUGAAUAAUGGAACAAUUGGAACUUAUGUUUUGAAAGAGAGACAAUGGAGAAUCAAGUCAAAAUCGAAUGUUUCGAAAAUCUUUAACUUCGAGGAGCAAGGGCUGAUGGUUGUUGUAUGGAAACAAGGAAAAGUUGAUUUGAGAUUUGCUCAUAAUGGAGAAGUGUUGUCGAGAGAUUCAGUGGCAACUCCAGUUGCAUCUGCCACUUUGAGUAGAGAUAAAGAGAAUCCGACGGUUACUGUAGUCUGUUUGGAUGGAAAAGUGAAAGGAUUCAAAGUUCAGAAGGCAACGAAUGGAGCAAUUGAUAAGACUCAACAGUUGAUCAGAGAGUUUGGACAGAAGAAACAUAAUUUGAUGAUGGAAUUAUCAAACUACGAACAAGAAGAGCAACUGACCGAAGCAGAGAAAGAUCGAGACUUCAGAAUCCCAGCUGACACUGAUGUUGCAGUUGUGUUCAUUGUCAGUUGUGAAACCCAGUUGUUGAGUCUCCGAGUCGAAGCAUCUCAUGCGAUUCCUAUCAGAGGAGUUUUGAUUUUUGCAGAGGGAUUAUUUGAGGGAGAAUCUUAUAUUUGGAUUCCUCCAAAUGAACAUCAAUCUCGAAGUGUCAUUGACAUUCCACUGGUAAUUGACAAGGAUUCGACAAAUGAUUUGCAUACAAAAGUCUUCUUGGGACAUGUCGAUUCAAACAAAUUAAUGGUGAUGGAGAAUACAAGAAUCCUUCCACGUUUCUGUAGAUUCACAUUGUUGAAUAAGGAGUUCGAGAAAUUCUUCUACAUGCCGACGUGUUUCGUGAAAUUCAAAUUGAGUCCAAGAGCAAUAAAACUCUCCGAAUGGGUUUCAGAAAGUUUCACAAUCGAUUCAUCGUUGGUUGAGAUAUUCGAUGAAAAUGAAGGAGAUUUCAAAUUUAUGGGAUUACGUCCGAAACAUGAGAAAUCAUUGAUGUUCUCGAUAGAUCCAGCGGAGAAAACAUUCACAAUAUUUCAUGAUGAUAUUGAAACAGUUGGAGCAAUGGUGCAGAGUUAUUCGAGUUUCUUCCAAAUUCAGAAUAUGGAAUCUGUUGCACACUUUCCGGAUGUUUUCAAAGAGGCUGAAGAGAUUUUGGAAGAGAUGGAUCCAAUGACCGAAGUCCGUGACAGACUGACAGCUGAACUCCAAGAAAGACAAGCAGCUGUUAGAGAGGUAUUGAUACGAGCUGAAGAUGCAAUUGCCAUUGAUACAAUUCCGAAUGCCAGAAAAUUCUAUAUUCGUCUGAAAGCAAACGACGCGGCGGCAAGACAAGCUGCUCAGCUAAGGUGGAACAACCAGGAGAGAUGUGUGAAAUCUCUCCGUCGACUAAACAAGAUUAUCGAGAACUGCUCACGUCUACGUGUUGGAGAACCCGGAAGACAAAUUGUCGUCACUUGUCGAGCUGCAAUCGCAGAGGAUAAUAAACAGAUCGUCACUAAGGUUUUGCAAUAUGGAGUUUCCAGUCAAUAA